GGGCAGCGCAUUUGCGGCUCACGUUCCAGCCAUAAUUUUUUUAGGAGGCGUUGGUUAUGCCCUGCCUGUAGGCUGUGGUUCCAGUGGUUUUGGCGGUGUCCUUUACCUGCGUGAGAUGCCUCUUUGUCUUGCGCAAAGGGUGACAUUCAAAACCUUUGCAGUCGUGAAGCCCGCUGCCGCUUGGUUCAGCGACUUGCGAGCUGGCAACUUUCAAUACAGUACAAAAAAUACUGUAGAUGAGAAAACACAACCUACCAUCAGUGAACCAAUUUCUGGGCCAACUGGUGAUAUCAAAAGUGCCAUUCUUAAGUCUGCACUUGACUUUAUUCCUCAGCAUGGCUGGACAUGGAAGUCUAUAGCAGCUGGUGCCAGCUCCUUGGGAUACUCCAGUGUUGCACAUGGCCUUUUUCCCGGUGGGAGCAUUGAUCUCAUUACUUAUUUCUACUUGUCAUCAAAUGAUGAACUGGAGCGCCAACUUGAAAGCAGCCUACACAAAACUGAGCGGAGAGGUGUUGCCAAGGGAAAGUCGGCCUUCAUCCAAGAUGCUGUAUGGAGGAGAAUUUUGCUCAUUGAGCCAUACAAAACCAAAUGGAUCCAGGCUAUUGGAAUCAUGGCUUUGCCUCAAAAUGUCCCAGUUGCACUGUCCAACAUGGGAGACCUGCUGAAUAUCAUUUGGUACUAUGCGGGUGACGUGUCAACUGACAUGAGUUGGUACUCGAAAAGAGCUGCUUUAGCUGCACUCUACCAGAGCUCCGAACUUGUGUUUCUGCAAGAUAAGUCAAUGGAUUAUGCUCAGACACAAGAAUUUCUUGACAGACGCAUCAAGGAGUUUGCAGCUGUUAGCGACUGUGUGGAGCAGGUUAAUCAAGUCAGUGGAACUGCAAAGGAUGUAGUUGAAUUGGGAUUUGCUACGCGAAAGCUGUUAUGGGAUCACAACAUGGGUCACGCACAGCGCCGUAGUUGUCUGCCACCGCCGGUGUCUCUAACCACUAAACACCAAAGACAUGUGGUGACAUAGUGAGAUUUGAACCAGGGUCCACUGCGUGCCAGCCAAGUAUUCUACCGCUGAGUCGCGCCGGUGCUUGAGACUCAUUUGCAAACUUGCCUUAGGCAGGCUUGAUGUCGGCAAAGCAAUCGCAUUGUAAUGAGUAAUAAAGCAUUUUAUAACAGCAAAGGAACAACCAGGCGUCACACAAAUGCGAAUUGCAUAACAGUUGACUCUUCGAAUGCUCCAACACAUUUCAAAAGCUUGUUCAUCACUUAUUAACUGUGGCACAUACCGCGCUUCAGGCGUAAUUGUUCAUCUUUGUCAGCCACUGAAUGCAACACAAAAUUCGGUACAAGUGUUUAGCGGAUACCACGCUUCUCCGAAGAAUAGCAUACUGAAUGUGGGCCUACUAUGCAGAAAUUAUGGAUAUUUAUGGUGUAGUAGAUACCUUGCAUGUGUGCUUUUAGCAUUUACCCAAAUAGCAUUUAGAAAAGGCUCUGAAAUGCCGUUCUUCAUGCUUCUGUGCUGCGCCUUUCGCGCAGGCCUGGCGUUUUUUGGGGGGAGAAAUACAACACUCCUCUUUCAUCCACUCAGCACAUCCAGAAUCAGGCUAUUUGCAUUAUAACCGAAAGUUAUUUUUAUUCUAAUACUAUAUCUCACUCCUUCAGGGUAACUUCAUUCUUACUGUGUCUGGCUUGUUAAAUUUUCACUUAAUCAUAAUGUUAUUCAAACAACUGAACAAACAGCAGGUGUGCAAAUAAUUUAGCCCAGAUUGCUCUCAAAGUUCAAUAGCACUGGGUUUGCCCAUAAUCACAACUUUUUUUUACCUAAACGUAACACCAACAAUGGCUAAAUGACAUCCUGCUUCGUGGGGAACAAAUGAUCAAAUAACUUAUCCUACACACUAAAAUGAUCAUCAUCAGUGCAUACAUUCAAACAUGAAUGUAAAAAUUUCAUAUUGUAUGACUAGAUUGUCAACAAUAAUUUUUUUUUGGUAAAAAUGUGUACCUAACUUCAAAAUGUUUGUAAUUUAGCUUUAUAUUCUGUGAUGUGCAUAUUUACAUCUAUAACUAAUUCUUAUGCACUCGGAUAGCAUUGAAGGUGUUUUUGUCUUGUUUUUUAGUAACUUCACAAUUCACUUAUCUUUGUGUAAUUUUGACAUGCUGUAUAGUUUAUUAUUCUUAUGUAAUCGUUGACCACGAGUCUCACUCCACUCGCUCGACUUUGGGGCCCUCUCCUGCAUGCUGCUAACCACUGAACCUUUGUAUUUUGAUUGAAUAAUAAACUGCACUUCUCCAAUAACUGUACUCCACAAUAACUGCACUCGACCAAGUUUUCACUCCACCAAUGAUACUUUGAAAUAGCACUGUAUUAAGAAUAAAGUACUAGAAUUACAACUACUUAGAUGUUUUCUGUGUUGCCAUAUGCAGUGAAUAUUGGUGUUUAUUCUUUCAAUACAAUCGUUCAAUGUAUUAUCUUAGGUGGCAGCAGAGCUUUCUAUUGAGGAGCAUCGCUUCAACUGUAACGUACAGCUCUGAAAAUGUGUAAAAAAAACAUGCUUGAUCCCUUAGUCAUAGGAAUCGGUAAAACAUCAAAGUAAUAAAAUGUGUUCUUACAGAAGUA